CGUCUGACAAGUACCUACCAGUUAUACUUACAUAGAUUUCCGGUGAAGUGAAGAUUAAGUAUUAUUAUUUCUUGAAAUGGACAGAGGUUAUGUGGUAGACAGAAAAACUCAUCCCAAAGAUACUGCUGGUAUUUGGUCAUUGUUGACCUUCUCGUACAUCCAUCCCUUGAUACGAAGGGGAAAUAAAAGAUAUCUAAAUGAAGAUGACAUCUGCGAAGUUUAUUCAAAGUUCAAUUCAAACAAUCAUGGCAAUAAAUUUGAAACAUUAUGGGAACACCAGACAGUCAAAAAAGGAAAGCGAAAAUCAGUUAUGAGGUUGUUAAUUGACCGUUUUUGGAGGAAAUAUUUAUUACUUGGAAUUUUUCAGAUGAUUGUAAAAGUAUCAUAUGCAAUCUUGACCCCAACUGCUGUAGCCAAACUUGUGCACUACUUCAAAGAGAACCAGACGGACACAACGAAAAACGAGGCUUGGUUCAACGGUGGAAUAGUGAUUUUCACGAACAGCGCCUAUCUUUUCUACGAACAUCACUAUGCCUUGCUGAAGACUGAAUUUGGAUUAGAAGUAGUUAUUUCGUUGUCUUCUUUGAUUUAUCGCAAAUCUCUCAAGUUGAGUCCUGCAAAACUUCAAGAGAUUUCUGUUGGAAAAAUCAACACGGCUAUAGUGAAAGAUAUUGUCCUAAUUGAACAAGCUGCUCUUUACUUGAACGAUCUUUGGGUGGAGAUAGUUCAGAUGGUUGUUGUUUUGUACAUGCUGUAUUCGAGGAUGGGUAUAUCUGGAGCUGCUGGUAUUGCAACUGUUUUGGUUGUUUUGAUUGGACAGCUGUAUAUAGCGUAUGCUAUUUUUAAAAAGAGGAAAGCAGCGAACACAAAGUCUGAUGAACGUCUUCAGCUGACUCAAGAAAUCAUUACAGCUAUAAGGGUCAUAAAGAUGUACGUUUGGGAGAAAUUUUUCGCCAACAAAAUUAUUGAUUCCCGAAAACAAGAAAUACAGAAGUUAAGAACACUCGCCGUCCUCAGAUUACUUUCAGCAUUCAUGGGAUUCUUAUGUUUCAAGCUAUCGUUUCUUAUCGUUAUCCUAGUGUUUCUUUGGACCGGUCAUAGCUUGACUGCCGAGUUGGUCUACUUCACAACAACGUGUUUCCAAAGAGCGAGAAGAGCCAUAGCUUUUAUCAUACCAUCAUGUACAAGUACUAUCGCCCAAUUCAUAGCAUGCUUGAAAAGAAUUGAAUUAAUUCUCAAUGCUGAAGAGAUUGAGCCAGAUGAACAAAUGCAGUCUGUUAUAAUGCCGAAAGUAGAUUUUGUGACGACAGAUAUAGGAGUCGGUAAGAUUCUAAUCUUGAAAGAUAUUAACAUGAAACUCAGACCGGGUUUGAAUGUUCUUAUUGGUCCUGUUGGAUGUGGAAAGAGUACGAUGAUCAAAGCGAUGCUUAGAGAAUACGAGCUUCUUUCUGGAAAAAUGAAUAUUGAGGGUACAGUUUCAUACUCCCCACAGAAUCCUUGGGUUUUUCCUUCAUCUAUAAAACAGAAUAUUGUUUUUGGUCAAGAGUGGGAUGAAGCUAGAUAUAAACAAGUACUUGAGGUAUGUGCUCUAAAGUUUGAUCUUGAUGGUUUAGCAGAAGGUGACGAAACAAUUUUGACUGAUUGUGGUGUUAAUCUGAGCAAAGGACAACAAACUAGAGUGAAUAUAGCUAGAGCCCUGUUCAAAAACAGCGAUAUAUAUUUGUUUGAUGAUUCGCUGUCUUCUUUAGACGGCCAUGUUAAGAACUAUAUAUUUGAGAACAGCAUUCAAGGUUAUUUGAAAAAUAAACUUGUUAUCCUUGCAACUCACGAUACAAAAUUUGUCAGCAAAGCUGACAACGUUAUCAUAAUGUUAGAUGGUACAGUGACAUAUUCAGGAAAACCAAUUGAUAUCCCUUCAAAACUCACCCAAAGUCUCGAAAGCCUGGAUAAAGAUUUAUGCGAGUCAGACGAAGAGAAUUAUGAAGAAAACAAAGGAAUUGAGGAAGAAAAACCAUGUAAUGAAAAUACUGAACUGAUAGCAAAGAUGUGCACAUCUGUGAAAGCAAACGUAUACCAUGAAACCAUAGGAACUGGAGGAGUUGGAUGGAAGAACUACAAGAAAUAUUUCAUGUUUGGGGGAGGUUUUACUGUAUUCUUCAUCGUUUUUGGAUUUUAUAUUAUUGUAGAUGUUUGUUCUGGCUAUUCCGAGAAACUAAUGACUUAUUGGGUACUUUCGGAAGAAAAAUUAUCUCUUACUCAGAAUGACUCAAUGAAAUCACUAGGCAAACUUUUCACUGAAGAUAAUCCAAAUUACACUGCGGAUUCAAUUCCAAAAAGUAUGACCACGUUUUCCUACCAGCCUAGCACCUUUAGUGAUGCAAUGUCCACUGUAUCAUCCACGUCAUUCACAAAUUUGACAUCCAGAGAACCAGCUAACUCAACACUACCUCUAGAUGAGCUUUUACACCAAAGAACCUAUUAUCGGAACUGGUAUUGUUUUCUAAUCAUAGCAGCAUGUUUGGUUGAUUUUUUGGGAAACGUUAUUUUCUUCUUAUUCAGUUUCAAAAUGUCGAAAAAUCUCCAUAAAUCGAUGAUCUCCAAAGUACUUGGUUCACAAAUAUCAUUCUUCGAUGUGAAUAUGAGUGGAAAUAUCAUAAAUAGAUUCGCCAAGGAUUUGUUCAAUGUUGAUGAAUGGAUAUUGUCCAUCAUUAGCGAAGCCAUGAAGACGAUGACAAUGAUGGUAUCUACAGUAUUGUUGAUUGCUACCAUAAACCUGCCAUUUACAAUAAUGACUGUCCUUUUGGUGAUAAUAUUUUUCCUGAUAACUCAUUAUUGCUUAAGACCUGCAAGAAAUCUGAGACGUCUUGAUAAUGCCACAAGAAGUCCAAUACUUGGCCACAUUAAUGCUUCUUUAGAAGGAAUAACGAUUAUACGGGCUUACGGCACUCAAUCCAUUUUAAAGCAGGAGUUCGAUAAACAUCUGGACCACUUUGUAGCUGCUCAUCACUUGUUCGAAAUUUUGAUAAGAUGUUUGUCUUUCACGCUCCAGAUGAUAUCAGCUGUAUAUAUAUCUGCUAUCAUUUUGAAAUUUUUGGCAGAAGAAGGUGAGUGCACUUCAUCUUCUAAUGUAGGUUUGGCCAUAACCCAAUCGUUCGUUCUCAGCACUUUCUUGGAUUGGGGAGUUCUUCAAUGGGUUAUGCUGGAAAGCGUCAUGACAAACUUUCAACGUGCCGCAGAUUACACUGAUAUAAAGCAAGAAAUACAGACUGGCCAAAGUGUGGCCAAUUGGCCUUCUCAAGGAUGUAUCAAAUAUCAAAACGUCAGCUUGAUAUACAGAAAAAAUAACGAAACAGUUUUGAAGAACUUGAGUUUCACUAUAAAUCCAAAAGAAAAAAUCGGUAUAGUUGGCAGAACUGGUGCCGGAAAAUCUUCAAUAAUCGUAACACUGUUCAGACUCUACGACGUUGAAGGUGAUAUUAUCAUAGAUGAUGUCAACAUAAAAACUUUAUCACUAGAUCAUCUUCGAAAUCACAUCAGUAUAAUACCUCAAGAUCCUAUAAUUUUCAGUGGUUCGAUUCGUUCUAAUGUUGAUCCGUUAGGAAAAUUCUCUGAUAAUGAUAUUUGGCAAGCACUGAAUUCUGUAAAUCUCAAAUCUUCCAUAACCGAUCUGGACCAAGAUAUUCAAGAAUCUGGUCUAAGUUACAGCGUUGGUCAGAGACAGUUGUUAUGUUUAGCUCGUGCUAUUGUCAGGAAAACUAAGAUAAUAAUUCUAGAUGAAGCUACAGCGAACAUGGACGAAGAAACCGAUCUUUUCAUUCACAACAAAAUCGAGGAAUUGUUCGAGAAUUGCACAACAAUCACUGUUGCUCACAGACUAAAUUCUGUGAUGAAAUGCGAUAGGGUUAUUGUGAUGGACAGAGGGGAGAUUAUCGAAUUUGAUAGUCCGAAUAGUCUUUUGGAGAAUAAAGAUAAAUUCUUCAACAUGGACAGAGGUUUUGUGGUAGACAGAAAACUACAUCCUAAAGAUACUGCCGGUAUUUUGUCCUUGUUAUCAUUUUCAUAUAUCCACCCCAUAAUACGGAAAGGAAAUAAAAGAGAUCUGAAUGAAGAUGACAUUUGUAAAGUUUGGUCCAAGUUCAGGGCGAAACCUCUGGGUGAUAAAAUGGAAGAAAUUUGGGAAAACCAAAAAGUGAAAAAAGGUCAGCAGAAAUCAGUUUUCCGGUUGUUGGUCCAACGUUUUUGGAAGAGAUAUUUAUUCCUUGGAAUCAUCCAGUUGAUUGUGAAAGUUGCAUAUUCAAUUCUCACCCCAGUUGCUGUUUCCACACUCGUGAAGUACUUUGAUAAGAAUCAGACUGAAGUAACCAAGAACGAAGCAUGGUUCAAUGGUGCAAUAGUAAUUUUCACCAACAGUGCCUAUCUUUUUUACGAGCAUCAUUAUGUCUUGCUGAAGAGCGAAUUCGGUAUCGAACUAGCAAUUUCGCUAUCCUCUCUGAUGUAUCGGAAGGCUCUCAAAUUGAGUCCUACAAAACUGGCGGAGAUUUCAAUAGGGAAAAUAAACACGGCCUUGGUGAAAGAUAUCGUCCAAAUAGAGGAUGCCCUAUACUUUGUGAAUGAUCUUUGGGUGGAGGUAGUACAGUCCAUCGUGGUAAUAUACAUGCUAUAUUCGAAGAUUGGGAUGUCUGCGGCUUCUGGUUUAGGAACAGUCUUCAUUGUGAUGAUUAUACAAAUGUAUAUAGCUUUUGUCGUCUUCAAAAAGAGAAAAGCCGCAAAUGGCAAGUCUGACGCACGUCUUCAGCUCACACAAGAGAUAAUCACAGCUAUAAGAGUGAUUAAGAUGUAUGCUUGGGAGAAAUUUUUUGCCACAAAAACCAUUGGUUUACGAAAGCAAGAAAUACGUAAGAUAAGGACCCUCUCAAUACUUAGAUUUCUUUCCGGAUUUCUAGGACAUCUUUGUUACAAACUGUCGUACCUUAUCAUUAUCGUGGUACUACUUUGGUCUGGUCAAAACUUGACAGCCGGGACAAUCUAUUUCGCAUCAACAUGUUAUCAGAGGCUGAGAAGAGCUAUAGCUUUCAUUAUACCAAUAUGCUGUGGUUCCAUCGCUGAAUUCAUAGCAUGCUUGAAAAGAGUUGAAAUCAUCCUCACUGCUGAAGAGAUAGAGCCAGAUGAACAAUCCAAAUCUAUUAUAUUACCGAAAGUAGAUUUUGUGUCGGCUGAUAUAGGAUUUGCUAAAAUCCCAAUUUUGAAAGAUAUUAACAUGAAACUGAGACCGGGUUUGAAUGUUCUUAUUGGUCCAGUUGGAUGUGGAAAGAGUACGAUGAUCAAAGCGAUGCUAAGAGAAUACGAGCUUCUUUCUGGAAAAAUGAAUAUUGACGGUACAGUUUCAUACUCUCCACAGAACCCUUGGGUUUUUCCUUCAUCUAUAAAACAGAAUAUUCUUUUUGGUCAAGAAUGGGAUGAGGCUAAAUAUAAGCAAGUUUUGGAGGUUUGUGCUCUAAAGUUUGACCUUGAUGGUUUAGCAGAAGGUGACGAAACAGUUUUGAAUGAUUGUGGUGUCAAUCUCAGUAAAGGACAACAAACUAGAGUGAAUAUAGCUAGAGCUUUGUACAAAAAUAGUGAUAUAUAUUUGUUCGAUGAUUCGCUAUCUUCUUUAGACGGGCAUGUUAAGAAUUAUAUAUUCGAGAACAGCAUUCAAGGUUAUUUGAAAAAUAAACUUGUUAUCCUUGCUACACACGAUACGAAAUUCGUCAACAAAGCUGACAAUGUUAUCAUAAUGUUAGAUGGUACAGUGACAUAUUCAGGAAAACCAAUGGAUAUCCCUGCAAAACUCACCCAAAGUCUCGAAAGCCUGGAUAAAGAUUUAUGCGAGUCAGACGAAGAAAAUUAUGAAGAAAACAAGGAAAUGGAGGAAGAAAAACCAUGUAAUGAAAAUACUGAACUGAUAGCAAAGAUGUGCACAUCCGUAAAGGCAAACGUUUACCACGAAACCUUAGCGACAGGUGGAAUAGGUUGGAGAAAUUAUAAGAAAUAUUUCAUGUUUGGAGGUGGCUUUUCCGUAUUCUUCAUUGUCUUUGGACUCUACAUAAUGGUAGAAUGCUUUUCUGGUUAUUCCGAGAAACUAAUGACUUACUGGAUUGAGGUAGAAGAAAAAAUAAGCAACCAAUCAAUGACAAACUCCAGUUAUUCAAUUUCGACGGAAUAUCCGGAAUUCACUUCAGAAAAUCUGUAUGAAAGUAUGUCCACGAUAUCUUACCAAUAUGGCAGUUCAAGUGAUCCUGAAUCGUCAUCCGUACCGAUAAUAUUCAAACGAUCUACGAAUUCAACAGCCAUCUUCGAAAAUAAAAAUAAUGUUUCCGUGCCCUUGGAACAACUGCUAAACCAACGAGCCUACUAUCUCAACUGGUAUAGCUUUCUGACAAUAGGAGCCUGUGUGUCUGGUUUCGUCACAAACAUAUUGUUCUUCAUUUUCAGUCUGAAAGUGUCGAAAAAUCUGCAUAAAUCUAUGAUUACCAACGUUCUUGGUUCACACAUGUCGUUUUUCGACGUGAACAUGAGUGGCAAUAUUAUAAACAGGUUCGCCAAAGAUUUGUUCAAUGUGGACGAAUGGAUACCGUACAUCAUCAACGAGGCUAUGAGGAUGUUAACUAUGAUGACAUCCACAGCAUUACUGAUUGCUACCAUCAACUUACCAUUCACAAUCAUGACUGUCCUUCUGGUGAUAAUAUUUUUCGUUUGUUCACGUUACUGUAUAAGACCAGCGAGGACUCUCAGACGUAUCGAUAUGGCCUCCAGAAGUCCACUUCUUGGUCACCUGAAUGCUUCUCUAGAAGGAAUUACAACAAUACGAGCAUACGGCACUCAAUCAAUCCUGGCACAGGAGUUUGAUAAACACUUGGACAAUUUUGUUGCUGUUCAUCAUUUAUUCGAAAUUUUGAUGAGAUGUUUGUCCUUUUCCCUACACAUGCUAUCUGCGGUGUAUAUCGCCAUUAUCAUUUUGAAAUUUUUGGGAGAAGACAAUGCUUCAUCUUCCAAUGUAGGUUUGGCCAUAACCCAAUCGUUUGUUCUCAGCAAUUUCUUGGACUGGGGAGUUCGUCAAUGGGUUAUGCUGGAAAGCAUAAUGACAAACUUCCAACGUGCCGCAGAUUACACUGAUGUAAAACAAGAAAUACAGACUGGUCAAAGUGUGGCCAAUUGGCCUUCUCAAGGAUGUAUCAAAUAUCAGAACGUCAGCUUGACAUACAGAGAAAAAAACGAAACAGUUUUGAGGAACUUGAGUUUCACCAUAAAUCCCAAAGAAAAAAUCGGUAUAGUUGGCAGAACUGGUGCCGGCAAGUCUUCGAUAAUAGUAACACUAUUCAGACUCUACGACGUUGAAGGUGAUAUUAUCAUAGAUGACGUCAACAUCAAAACUUUAUCACUAGAUCAUCUUCGAAAUCACAUCAGUAUAAUACCUCAAGAUCCUAUUAUUUUCAGUGGUUCGAUUCGUUCUAAUGUUGAUCCGUUAGGAAAAUUCUCUGAUAACGAUAUUUGGCAAGCAUUGAAUGCUGUAAAUCUCAAAUCGGCCAUAACUGAUCUGAACCAAGAUAUUCACGAAUCCGGUCUUACCCACAGCGUUGGUCAAAGACAGCUGCUAUGUUUAGCUCGUGCUAUUGUCAGGAAAACAAAGAUAAUAAUUCUGGAUGAAGCUACAGCGAACAUGGACGAAGAAACCGAUCUUUUCAUUCACAACAAAAUCGAGGAGUUGUUCGAAAAUUGCACAACAAUCACUGUUGCCCACAGAUUAAAUUCUGUGAUGAAAUGCAAUAGGGUUAUUGUGAUGGACAGAGGAGAGAUUAUCGAAUUUGAUAGUCCAAAUACUCUCUUGGAGAAUAAAGAUAGUGUAUUCUAUAAAAUGGUGCAUCAUCAUGAUAAUUCAUACCUAUUGGGAUUCAUAAAAAGAGGACGACAGAGAGAUAUAGAAGAACGAGAUCUUUACGAUGUAAUGGAUACUUUUCAAUCUCAGAGAUUGGGUGAUGAACUUGAACGCCAUUGGCAUCGAAAUAAGGUCAAAACGAGUAAUCCUUCAUUGAUGAAAUCGUUACUAUCAUGUUAUGGAAAGAUUUUAUUGCUGUUAGCUUUGGCCCAGACUAUUUCUAAAAUUAUUUUCACAUACUCUAUGCCUUGGGCAACUGGCAAAUUCGUGUCUUACUUCACCCCAAAUCAAACAGAAGUCACCAGACAAACGGCAGUAUAUUAUGCUCUGUUUAUGGCUUCCAUAACAUUUAUUAAUGGCUUAUGGCAGCAACAUUUUGUAUUGUGGAAACUUGAACUGGGGAUAAAAAUGCAAGCAGCCAUAUCUUCGUUGAUCUACAGAAAAGUACUAUCUUUGAGCCAGUCGAAGGUCUCUGAAAUAUCCACAGGCAGGAUUGUCACAAGUAUUGUUAAGGACGUAAAUUCUCUUAAUCAGGCUAUUUUGUAUGGAAUAGAUUUCUUACUGGAGUCCUUUCAAGUGAUCUUAGUAUGCUUCUUGCUCUAUAAUAAAAUGGGUGUAGCCAGUGUUGCUGGUUUGGUGAUAAUGCUGCUCUCAGUAAUUUUACAAGUAUCUGCUUCUUUUCUGACCUAUGUGAAAAGAGCUGGUUGCAAUGAGAAAUCAGACCAAAGACUCCAACAGACCCAAGAAGUACUCAGUUCUAUAAGACUGAUCAAAAUGUAUAGAUGGGAAUCAUUUUUCAGAGAAAAGCUCCUGAAGUUGAGAAGGGUCGAACUUUCGAAUCUUUACGGAGUUUUUGUAUGGAAAAGUAUCUCUAUAAUAGUUGGAAUCAUAUCAUCAAAACUUGCUCAAGCUUCACUAUUCGUACUAUACGUCUAUAUGGGAUACGGCAUUGAUGCAGCUAUUAUUUAUUAUGUGCAAGACCUCUUCCAGAAGGUCUCGAAAGCCAUGAUCUUCAUACCUCUCGGUAUCCAAGCCAUGGCUGAAUUCAUGGUCAGCUUGAAAAGAGUGAACAAAAUUCUUAACUCCGAAGAAACUACCAUAGUGUACAAGAGCACCAUUCAAAUGUUAAAACCUGAAAUAAAUCUAGUGGAAGUAGACGUUGAAUUUGGAAAAACGAAAGUUUUGAAAAACUUCAACUUAAAACUGUCAUCAGGAUUGCAUCUACUGAUAGGACCAUCAGGAUGUGGAAAGAGUACGCUACUCAAAACUCUUUUGGAAGAAUAUAACACGUGCAGAGGUAAAUUGAAUGUUAAAGGAACGAUCUCAUACGCCAAUCAGAAUCCUUGGUUGUUCCCUUCAACUUUGAGGCAGAAUAUUUUAUUUGGUCAAAGGUAUGAGGAAAAAAGGUAUAAGGAAGUAUUAGAAAUAUGCGGCUUAAAAUACGACUUCAACACUUUCGCAAAUGGUGACGAAACAAUUCUGACCGAUUGUGGUGCCAACCUCAGUAGAGGUCAACAAUGUAGAAUAAAUUUGGCUAGAGCAAUAUACAAAGAAAGCGACAUAUACCUCCUUGAUGACUGUUUAGCGUCUCUUGAUGUUCAAAUUAAAAAUCAAGUAUUCAAUAACGCAAUAAAAGACUACUUGAAAGGUAAAUUAUGCCUUUUCGUUACUCACAGUACCCAAUUCGUCAAUCAAGCUGAUACUGUUACCAUAAUGUCAGACUCAACAGUGAAAUAUUCUGGUACACCAUCAGAUAUUCCAAGAGAACUAUUCCAACAGAUAGAAGAAGAACAGAAUGAUGAUGUCGAUGAAACAACUGUUAAACCACAUAACGAAGAAGAAAUAAGCGAAGAAAUCAAUGAAGAUAGCGCUCUUAUACCAGCAGCACAAAAAAACAAUAUUUAUGAGGAAAAGAAAAAUGUUGGUGCCAUCAACUUCCAAACUUACAAGGGUUAUUUCAAGUUUGGUGAAGGAUUAUCAAUGUUUGUAAUGUUGAUAGGGCUACAUAUCAUUUGUGAGGUAUCUAGCGGAGCGGGAGAUAAAUUCUUGAGUCAAUGGGUGAAUCAACAGGGACUCAAUAAAACUAGCAACAAUACAAUCAACGUAACUACUAGUUCUCCUUUAUUCGAGAACAACAUUACAACAUUUAUUGAUGAUUUACUGUCUGAUAAAAGUCCCUUCACACAUGAUACAGAAAUUAGUACUCCUGAAUUUACAACAGAAUCUUCUUACACUACAACGUGGUUGGACUAUCAUAAUUCUACAACAGAAGCAGGUUCAUGGGCUUCAGGAACUAAACAGCUCAUACAAAUAAAUAUGUUUAGUUUAUAUGUUUUUGCUAUAUUGUUCUCUACAAUAUUUGUGGUUGUCAGGUGUUUCGUCACAUAUCACUACACUAUAAAAGUAUCAAAAAAUCUUCAUAAAUCUAUGGUAACACAUAUUCUCCAAGGGAGUAUGAUAUUUUUCGAUACAAAUCUCAUAGGAAAUGUACUCACCAGAUUUUCCAGAGAUCUCUACAUAAUGGAUGAAAUGGUACCAUUCAUUUGGUUGGAAGGAUUCAGGCUUUUCUUUCUCCUUCCUUUUGCAAUAUUGUUUAUUGCUUCAGUGAGUUAUGUAUUAGCUGUAGGUACUUUAAUACUCAGUAUUGCAUUUUAUCUAGUCUGUAGAUUUUUCUUAUGUACUACCAGAAGUACUCAACGUCUGAGCAAUUCAACUCUUAGUCCAGUUAUUGGCCACCUUAACUCAACAUUGGAGGGACUCAUCAUCAUAAGAGCUUAUGGCACUCAAGAUAUCCUGAAGAAAGAGUUUGAUAGACAUCAAGAUUUGUAUGUUUCAGCGAGUCAUUUGAGGGAAAUUGCAGCAAGAACAUUAGGAUUCUACACACAUUUAUUAGCUACAUGCUUCACUACUACCAUAGCUCUGGCACUAAUCUUCUUAGAUUUAGGUGUAUUGGCUGGAGAUGUUGGGUUAGUCCUAUCGCAAUCUAAUCUACUCUGUCUCUUCUUGGAACUGUUAAUAAUGAUGUGGAUGAUGAUGGAGAACAAUAUGACGAGUGUAGAAAGAGUACUGGAAUAUACGAAGCUGCCACAAGAGAAUCAAGGUGGUAGUGAGCUGAAACAAUGGCCGUACGAAGGUCGUGUCAAGUUCCAAAACGUUAGCUUAACUUACAGAAAGAACGGUGAAACUGUUCUUAGAAAUCUUAACCUCAACAUCCUUCCAAAAGAAAAAAUAGGAAUAGUUGGAAGGACUGGAGCAGGGAAAUCCUCAAUUAUCGUCACAUUGUUCAAAUUAUACAAUUUCUCAGGUGAUAUUAUGAUCGACGAUGUGAAUAUCAAAACAUUAUCGCUAGAAUGUCUAAGAACCAAUCUUGCAAUAAUUCCUCAAGAUCCUGUUAUCUUCAAAGGAACUGUUAGGACUAACAUAGAUCCUAAUCAAACUAUCACUGACGAUCAGGUUUGGAAAACUUUAGAAACAGUUAACCUGAAAACAUAUUUCAAGAGUCUUGAUGAAGAUAUAGCCGAGAAAAAUUUGAGCAUAGGUCAAAAACAACUUAUCUGUUUGGCCAGAGCACUCACCAGGCGUUGUAAGAUCGUUAUACUUGACGAAGCCACUGCAAAUAUGGACGAAGAAAUGGAUGCUUUCAUUCAAAAUAAAAUCAGGGAUCUCUUCCAAUUCUGCACUGUUAUAACUGUCGCACAUAGAUUGCACACUGUCAAAAGCUGUGAUAAAAUAAUUGUUAUGGAUAGAGGAAGAAUUGUUGAAUUCGACACACCUCAAAAUCUACUAGGAAAUCCUAAUGGACUCUUUUAUCAAAUGGUGCACCAGAAAAGAGAAAAAAUACAUGAAUCUCAAAACAAAAAGACAGAAUAAGAAGAAAGAAUGAAUGGAAUUUAGUAUGAGAUGAAAGUAUAUGCCGAAUGUACUCGAUACUUCUACGUGAAUAUUUUAAUUAUAUUUUGUAAUAGGAGUAAAUAAGAUUUGUUGUA